AUGGCCUCACAGCCGCCGCCGGGCACCGGGCUGAUGUCGGCCGACACUGCUGACCCCGAACUAGGCUCCGGGACAUCUCCGAAGCCGAACCCCACCACAAGAGCUAAGCGACGACGUGACACCAAGGCACUGCCGACUCGGCCUAGCCUAACGGGAAGCCAGCUUGACACCACCAACGACGCCCCUUCCUCGGCCGAGGGGCCCGCAACCUCUACAGCAUCUGCUCCGACUGGGUCCGCCACAGGGUCCGUCUUGACAGCCCUUGCAGAAGAAGCCAGACAGUACGAGGCACGGAAAGACGUCUUUCUGACCAUUGCACAGUCCGUUGACAGCGUUGUCGCCAGCUUCGACGGUUCUAGAAAGCAGAUCGCGAAAGAAGCCAGUGGCUAUGUCAUCCAAGCCCUCAAGAGACUGAUCAAUCACGAGACAACCCCAGCAGCGGCUCGGAAUUGGGCGGCUGUCGCCGCACCGAUGACGGGCAACACCACUACGACGACCCGGAGCGACCAGAGCUCUGUCCGCCCAAAGGCCCCACUCCCCGCCCCGGAUCAGCCGCAGGCGCAGCCGGAGGAGGAUCUCCGCAUCUUUGCCCGUGUCCCGGAAGAAGGCUUGGCCGUCGCUCGGAAAAUCGCACCGUUCGCCGUACGACAGACCGUCUGUAAGGCUUUUGGCCUGGGGCUAGCGGACCUUCCCCACGUCUACCAUAUCAGUACAGGUUACUCUCUGAAGCCGCUGAACAAGCAAAUACAGGAAAAACUACUUGCUAGUAAGGCAAAGCUGGCACAAUGCCUCGGCGCCCACCAAGUCGAGAAGCCCAUCAAGUGGCACACGUACGUUGUGCCGCGAUGCCCAACAAAACUACACAGCAUUGGCGGGGGCGUCCUGGACCCAGCCGCGCUCGUUGACGAUGAGGUCUUCGCACAGACAGGACAGAAGCCUGUCCUUGCCCGACCGUCCCGCCUUGGGCCCAACCCAGUCACGAACGAAAUAUCUUGGCUCAUAUCGUUCACAUCAGAGGUCACGCCCUUCAGGCUCUUCAACCAAAGCGGCAGAUCUCUGCCCGUCAAGAAACGAAGGACGCUCAUCCGACACGACCCCGGCUACCAGGGCUACCACUCCAACCGGUUCUGCGGACGACGACCGAUCUACAGCACACGGCUAAGAGCGGCAGAAAAUCAAUAUCAGGGGGGCAGAAUCCGGAAUCGGGAAGGCCAAGGAUCUAAACGGCCAGCAGAAAAGCGCGGUAGAAUCCUAAGAAAGAAUGGCAAAAAGAAGAGUUUAAAAUAG